GCUGAGGGGAAAAUAUCAUACGAAAAACCAAAACAAAAACCGAAAUAAAUCGUAGAAAAUGUAUUUGGAAUGGUGAAAAUUGAUAAAGUAAAGUUGAGUUUUUGAGUACAGCGCGAAAAGAUGUGGCAGAGAAAGUUGAAGAAACCCAAUUGGCCGGAAAUACUCGACUGCAGACACGCCUUAAGGAAGUGCAUUUGCAAGCGCCCCCGUCCGGCCAGAUCUCUGGGCUGCACUGUGACCUGCUCCAAACAUAGUCUGCAGUCGAGCAAAAGCAACAAAUCGGCACCUGCCACGAAACAGAGGCUCAAUAUGUGCUGGCAACUGGCCAGUGAUCCCGCCACACAAGCGGAGACCGAAGCCAAGGCAAAGCGGCAGGAGAAGCGGAAACCCAAGCCGACGGCGAAGGAUAACCAAAAGUCCAGGCGGGAGGGCAAGCCGAGGCCCAAGCUGAAGCAGGCUGAAGUGAAGAACAAGCCGCAGGAUGCGCUAGAUGAGCUCUUGGAGUCCAAUUCCGUUGGGGAUGCAGAGCAAACUAAGAAGUCUCCGGACAGGAAGAAGGUUGCUAAAGCACACUUUUCCACCUACCGCAAGCAGUCGCCACGCAGGCCCAUGGAUUUCUCGAAUAUAUUAUUCCUGGAUGCCAGAACGAUGCCGUGGGACCAGCCAAAGUCACCCAGUCAUGCUGGAGAUUCCAGCUCGAUGAGCAAGCAGGUGGCCAGAUCGAAGAGAUUAUACGGGAUACCGCUGUGCGAUCGACCCAGCCGGAUCAUGGGCAUGGGCAUGGGCUAUCCCCCCUCCCAGCAGAUACAGCUGCGGCAGGAGCAGCUCUACCAGCAGUCCGAGUACCAGGAUCAGUACACGCUAAUGCUCCAGUCGCAGCUCGAGCCCAUUGACGGCAUGCCCUUGUCAGUGCAGUUUGCACCGGGAACAGAGCCGUACAUGGUGCCCCCGAAGCAGCAGUGCCAGCGCGUGCAGAAGGGGCAGCGCUACUGUGGCAACUUUUACUACAAUUAGGCACAAGACGCCUUCAACUACAACUCAAUAAAUAUUUGGCAAUUGA